AUGGAGGCUGUCAACCAGACAGUCAUCAUAUCGUAUUCCGACACAUCAGCACAGAACGCCUCGGUGAUUCACGACUUCAACCAACAGCUGUACAUUCAGAUACUGCAGCAGAACAUCAACGCCAAAUACUUCAACCCACCCGUGGAAAUAGUCUUGAGUCUGGCCUACGGCCUUCUCAUCACAUUCGGCGCUCUCGGCAACGGCUUGGUGUGUCACGUCGUCGCUCGAAACGCUCACAUGCGGACCCCGAGGAACAUCUUCAUAAUAAAUCUGGCCAUCUCCGACUUCACCUUGUGUCUGUUCACCCAGCCGCUGAACCUGUACAAGCUGAUGUACGUGCAGUGGUCGCUGGGCAGUCUGAUGUGCAAGUUCGUGACGAUGUUCCAAGGGACCAACGUGUUCGUCUCCACAAUCAGCAUCACGGCCAUAGCGCUCGAUCGAUUCCAGGUGAUCGUGUACCCGACGAAGGACAGCAUGAAGAAAGUGGGAGCGGCCGUAGCGCUGGUCAGUAUCUGGGUGAUAUCUUUCCUCAUGGCCAGCCCGUUCCUUCUAUUCUCCAUCAUUGAAGAAAACAGACCCAUGGAGGAGUACGACAUUUCUUUCUACCGUUGCAUAGAAGACACGUCUCUGUCGGUGGAGAAGCGGGCGUACUCCGUGGCCCAAAUGGUGGUGCAGUACGUCAUGCCCAUCAUCAUCAUUGGAGUUGCUCACUUCAGAAUCUGCAACAAACUGAGGUACAGAAUGGCAAACCAAAAAGGGGGCCCCGUUCAGAGUUCGCCCUAUCAGCGCAAAAAGAACGAAAGAAACUGCAGGCGUAAGCGAAAGACCAAUAUUCUCCUCACAAUGAUCGCCAUAGUGUUCGCUCUAAGUUGGCUUCCGUUAAAUAUUUUCAACCUUUUGAGUGAGUUCAAUUUUAAUGUUUUCCAAGGGUCUGGGAGUAACGGUGCGGAUAGCGCGAACCUGGACAUCAACCUGGCCUACGCCAUCUGUCACAUGCUGGUGUUGUCCUCCGCCUGCCUCAACCCAGUGCUAUAUGGCUGGCUCAACGAGAACUUCCGGACGGAGUUCGUCAAGGUGUUCUCCUGCACGUGCUGUGCCAUGUCGCGCAACAAAAUGAACAGCUUGCGCAAUCCUAACGGAGAACGGCCGAACGUUCCCGCAAUAACCUUAACUAAGGCAACGAAUGGCUCCAGCGUUGUGCACGACCAAGUUGAUGAGGAUGGGGUGACGGAGAAUGGUAUCACAGAAUUGGCAGCCCUGAAACCUUGAAUUGUGUGUAUAUAGGACGAACUAUCUUUAUGUUAACGGUAUUUAGGUUUUGUUUGUGUAUUGUUUCUGUGAGCGGUGGGCUUGGGGUGAGUUUAUGUCCAUGUAUGUACAUUAAUGAAUCAAAAUAUCAAAUUUAAAACGUGUAAUGACGUAGUAUUUUUAAAGUAACAAUUUGAAUAAUUCAACUGAAACUGGUCAAAAUAUGUUCAGCCGAAUUAAAGUGGUUUCUUUUGGAUCGAAACAAAAUGUAAUAGAAUAUUAAUAA